AUGCUUAAUAAAUAUCUACCAGUUACUCUUAUACCCGUGGUGAGUGAAAGAAAACGCUACGAGCAUGAAGAUAAUUAUAUCUGUCUUAUAUCUAUAUAUGUAGCAAGUGGAUUUGGACCAAAAUUAGUGAUAGAUCACGACGGUGGCGCUGACGAUGCUAUGGCAAUUUUCAUGGCAUUAUUAAAUGAAAAAUAUUUUAAUGGGCCAAAUGUAGUUGCAAUAACAACUGUUCAUGGUAAUGUCGAUGAACCACAAGUAUUUAAUAAUACACAAAGAAUUUUGAGUAUUGCUAACAGGCGAGACAUACCAAUAUAUCGUGGAUCUAAAACAGCUAUUAUAAAGAAUGCUCCGUCUGACUACUAUUUUGGACGUGAUGGACUAGGAGACAACGAAACAACGCUUUUUAAACCUAUUGAAGCCCAAACUGAUGUUGCUGCAAUUGCAUUAAUUAAUCUAUCCCAGAAAUACCAAGACGCACUAACAAUAGUUACUCUAGGUCCCUUAACGAAUUUAGCUCUCGCGAUGAAAUUGGAUCCAGAAAUUAUAUCCCGAAUUUCUCAAACCUAUGUCGCGGCUAGUUAUAUUAAUAGUCAAGGACUAAAUAAAAUUGAGUUUAACAUAAAAAUGGACGUAGAAGCAUACUAUAUCAUGAUUGAAAAUGGUUCAGCUGAUAAAGUUACUAUUAUUCCUUCGACGCAGGUCAAACAAUAUUUAAACUUGGGAAAGGCAUGGCGUCGGGAUGUUUUUGGAGCAAUAAACACAGAUAUAGUACGUUCAUUAAAUGCGUUUGAGCGAAAAUCAAUGACUUUAACGAAGGACUGGAAGCCAUUAGAUCCUUCUGCAAUGGCUAUAGUACUAGAACCGUCAGUGGUUCUAGAAAAGAAAUUAACAAAUACAUCUAUUUUCUUGUGUGGUAAAUUACGUGGCAGGACAACUUAUAAUUUUAAAUCAAAAUAUCCAAACGCAAGAGUUAUAAAAUCAGCUGACAAGAAUGUUUAUCAAAAUUUCCUAAUAAAAAUUUUCUCCGCUAAUAUAAACGAUCAAAAUAAUGAUAAGGACAAUACAAAUACUAAUGAUACUAGCAAUAGUAAUGAAAGUGACGAUAACGAUAAUGAAGACAAUAACGACACUAUAGAUAAUUCUAAUAAUAUAUAA